GUAAAGAGUUUUGCAGCUGUUUUUUUGACGUUUGGUUAGAUGUGGAACUGCUGUUUUAUUUUGUGUUUUAAUGUAAAUAUUUUUUUAGCGAAAAUAUCGUAAAAUGAUAUAAAAUGUACACAUUACUACAUGGAUUUUACAAAUACUUGGUUCAAAAGGACGAAUACUGUGUUUUAAUAUUAGGACUGGAUAAUGCAGGCAAAACGACGUACCUGGAGGCUACAAAAACAAAAUUUACUAAGAAAUAUAAAGCAAUGAACCCCAAUAGGAUAACUACAACAGUUGGAUUAAAUAUAGGUAAAAUAGAUGUGGAUGGAGUGAGACUUAACUUCUGGGACCUUGGCGGGCAGCAAGAGCUGCAGUCUCUUUGGGACAAGUACUAUGCUGAGUGCCAUGCGGUCAUUUACAUAGUAGACUCGUCUGACAGAGAACGGGUUUCGGAAUCAAAAGAGACCUUUGACAGGAUGAUAGCAUCAGAACACUUAUCCGGAGUCCCGCUCCUGGUACUAGCCAACAAACAAGACAUUCCAGACUGCAUGGGAGUUCACACGGUGAAGCCCAUCUUCAAUCAGAACGCACACCUUAUUGGUGCGAGGGACAUUAUGCUUAUGGCCAUAUCUGCACUUACUGGAGAUGGAGUAGACGAGGGCAUCAGAUGGCUAGUGGACUGUAUAAAAAGAAACAGCGUCGAACGACCCGCGCGCAACCACGAUGACAACUUAUAAAGGCGGCAACCUACACCCGGUGCAUGUAUAAUAUGUCUUACGCCCGACCGAACGACACUACCGAUACAAUGAAUAAUAAUUAGUUUUCCUAUUAAGAUAAUGAUGUGACUCGUACGGCCCAUUGUUUUGUACAUACAGUAUUGACAUUUAAGAAUAAAACAUUACUAGAA